GUCACCCUGGCCAGGGAGACCUGCCCCAGAGAGCCUGGUCCACACUCUUGAACAAGGUUUCCUGCUCCUUGCUGUCUCUUGCUUGCACAGAUAACAGAGACCCACAUGACUGCUACGGCAGGGACAGGCUCCAGCCCUCGCUGCCUGCGAGGGUCCUGCUGCAGGAGACUGCGAUGAGCGUCCGUUCUCUCCUGCCAGGACUGGAGGCCCAGGUUCCAGUGAACUUGAGGGACAGACGUGCGUCAUGGUGGACUACUAUGAAGCGCUGGGUGUGAGCCGAAAUGCCACUGCCGAUGACAUCAAGAAGGCGUACAGGAAGGCAGCGCUGAAAUGGCACCCAGAUAAAAACCCUGACAACAAGGAAUAUGCUGAGCAGAAAUUCAAGGAGAUCGCCGAGGCCUAUGAAGUGCUGUCGGACAAGCAAAAGCGUGAUGUCUACGACCGCUAUGGCAAAGAUGGCCUCAUGGGUACAGGGCCAGGAGGGUCCAGGGCCGGUGCUGGGGCCCCUGAAUUCACCUUCACCUUCCGCAGUGCUCAUGAUGUCUUCCGGGAGUUCUUCGGUGGGCGAGACCCCUUCGCUGACUUCUUCGACGAGAUGCUGCCCUUUUCUGACCUGCGAGGACCUGGUCCCCGGCACCAUGGAUCAGGCCACUUCUUUUCUCCCUUCCCAGGAUCCUCAGAUUUCUUUGCCUCAUCCUUUGGCUCUGGAGCUGAUGCUGGCCUGGGCUUUCGUUCCGUCUCCACCUCCACCACUUUCGUUAAUGGCAAGCGCAUCACCACGAAGAGGAUUAUCGAGAAUGGGCAGGAGCGGGUGGAAGUGGAGGAGGACGGGGAGCUGAAGUCAAUCCACAUCAAUGGCGUCCCCGACGACAUGGCGCUGGGGCUGGAGCUGAGCCGCCGGGAGCAGCAAGCCCUUCAGAGCCGGUGGCCACCCUCGUCCCCAGCGCCCGCCCCACACCGACCCCAGAGCUCCUCACCCGUCUGCCUCUACACAGACAGCGAGGACGAGGAUGAGGACUUGCAGCUGGCCAUGGCCUACAGCCUCUCCGAGAUGGAGGCGGCGGGGCACCACCGAGCAGGUGUGUUCUGAGGCUGCUGCGCCCGGGGGACCCGCACACACCCGCUCGCCCACGGAGGCUCUCCGAGCCAGGACUCCGCUUUGUCCCUGCACGGCCACCCCCACCGCCCCCCUCCUGUCCCCGGCUCCCUCUGCCUCCACGGGGUGGGAGGGACAGACCUCACGGCGGCGCGAUGCCCACGGGCUCGGGGGGUGGCGAGCAAGUGUGCCCCGGGCACCCCCAGGUGCUGGGGGAGGCGGAGGGGGCCGGGGGCUUGGAGGGGCCGGGGGGUGGGAGAGGGGGGUGUUGUAGCUUAGCCCCGAUAGCUGCUGUUAGCCCCUGCGGCGGAGGGGCACGGGGUGCUGGUGGCAGGAGGGCUGGGUGGGCGCGAGGGGGAGGCUGGUGGUGGGCAGCGAUGCCGGGCACGGCCCACCCUUCCCGCUGCCCUCCAGCCCCUCUGCUGCCAGCGGUCAAUAAACCCGUUUGCAGUA